CCGCCCACUGCGCCGAGUCCUCCGCGGCAUGACAAGGCGCGCGCUCGCGCUAGAGAGAGAGAGCGCAGAGACAGAGAGGGAGCCACACACGCUAUCGUCUCAGCAUGAUUCGUCGCUCCGAGCCGCGGAGUACUUAUGCAGGCGGAGAACCGGUCCGGGCAUCAGUCGCAGCCUAGCCGCAGCAGCCACAGCCAACCACCGGCUCCACUCAUCUCAGCGCCUUCUCGCUCUCAACCCGCUGUAAGCAUGAAGCUCGAGACCGUCAUCCCCAACUUCAAGGCCCAGACCACCGAGGGACCCAUCAGCUUCUACGAGUGGCAGGGCAACUCGUGGGUGGUGCUGUUUUCGCACCCCGCCGACUUCACCCCCGUGUGCACCACGGAGCUGGGCCGCAUCGCAGUGCACAACCCGCACUUCCAGAAGCGCAACACCAAGCUCAUCGCCCUCUCCUGCGACAAGCUCAAGGACCACAACGACUGGGUGGCGGACAUCAAGUCCUACUGCCUGGACAUCCCCGGGGCCUUCCCGUACCCGAUCAUCGCCGACGAGAGCCGCGAGCUGGCCGUCAGCCUGGACAUGAUCGACGCCGUCAACAAGGACAACCCCGAGCUGGCCAUGACCGUCCGCGCCCUCUACAUCAUCUCCCCGGACCACAAGCUCAAGCUCUCCAUGAACUACCCCGCCUCGACCGGCCGCAACGUCGAUGAGAUCCUGCGGUGCAUCGACUCUCUGCAGCUGGUUUCGCGUCUCAAGGUCGUGGCCACUCCUGCCAACUGGACGCCCGGUGAGAAGGUGAUGAUUCUGCCAUCAGUGAAGGAGGAAGAACUGCCCAGACUCUUCCCGAAGGGCGUCGACAAGGUCUCCAUGCCCUCCGGCAAGGUCUACGUCCGUACCACCACGGACUACUAAACUCAGCAGAAGCCACGGCAAAAUACGGCGAAAAUCUCCUCAAUUCUUACUCUGCAUUACACUUUUCGUGAGGUCACAAAUUGCAAAAAUCACUGUUCGCUUCUGUGAAGUAUGUUAAUAAACUAGUAUAUAUCAUUUAAUAUG